UCCAUAUAUAUAUUUAUCCUUCUCCUCUUUUCUUACUUAUUCUCUUCCCCACUCUGCCGCCUCAACCACCGUUGUAACCUUCCCCCUCCUCCUCCGCCGCAGCAUUCUCCUCUGUACAGAUAUGAAAUUAGCUUAGAUUAAAAUUUCUUUGGGGGGUUUUGGGGUUUUCGUCUUUGUGAUCAGUUCUUUUUUUUCCUUUUAAAUUUUCCGAUGGCUUCUACGAGGAAAGAUAUGGAUCGGAUCAAAGGUCCAUGGAGUCCAGAAGAAGAUGAAGCUUUACACCGUUUAGUACAAACGUACGGACCAAGGAAUUGGACUUUGAUAAGCAAAUCAAUUCCGGGUCGAUCCGGGAAAUCAUGUCGGUUACGAUGGUGUAACCAGCUUUCACCGGAAGUUGAACACCGGCCUUUUACCCCCGAAGAAGAUGAUACUAUAAUCCGAGCCCAUGCUCGAGUCGGUAACAAAUGGGCUACCAUAGCUCGUUUACUCAACGGCCGUACCGAUAACGCCAUUAAAAAUCACUGGAACUCGACGUUAAAGCGAAAAUGCUUGUCGAUGACCGAAGGUUUUAACGACGAUUCCCCUCAGCCGCUUAAACGAUCCGCCAGUCUCGGAACCGGCAAUCCAAGUAGUCCAUCGGGGUCCGAUUUGAGUGACUCGAGUUUACCAGCUCCCUCACCGGCUUUCAAAACGGGUUCUUUAGUCCCUUUGAGUCAACAUGUUGAAACAGCUUCAUCGGCAACGGACCCACCUACUUUACUCAGCCUCUCGUUACCCGGUUCUGACUUUACCGAACCUGUUUCUCCACCCGGAUUCAACCCGACCCAAGUGACCACACAGGCUUCGGCACCGGUCCCAGCUCCGGUGGAGAAGCAGUUUUUCAGUGCCGAGUUUUUUGCAGUAAUGAAAGAGAUGAUAAGAAAAGAAGUGAGGAGUUACAUGGCGGGGAUUGAGCAAAAUGAGCUUUGUUUACAAACGGAAGCUAUUAGAAACGCUGUUGUUAAGCGUAUUGGAAUUAGCAAAAUCGAGUAGGGGAAGAAGAGAAAAAAAUUGUCUUUUUCUUUUUCUUUCUUUUUUUAAAUUGGUGUUGAGUUAUUUUGGUUAUAGAAAUAAUCAUUUUGGUAGUGUACAGGGGAAAUAUUAGGAGUUAAAAAAAAGGGAAAAUAAAUAUAAAAUGGAAAUGAGAAUGAAAAAGGUUGAAGAAAGAAA